AACCCCAACUCCUCGGACCAGGAAAGCCCUCAGCCAUGUUAGCUUCUUCAGGUCUGCCUAUAGUCCUAGUGGCGGUGCUACACCUAACUCUAAGUAGCGUCGCCGCCACCUCCUAUCCCGACUUUCAACUCUUGAACGUGAAACAAAGUCUCAUCGGGACAAAGAUACCUCCGCCGCUCGAACCAUCCGGUGUUAGAGAAAAUCAAGGGAAAUGGAAGCUGAAACUUGUCCACAGGGACAAGUUAGCUGCUGCUACUUUCAAAGACCAUAGCCACCGUUUUCAUGCACGCACGCAAAGGGACGUUAAAAGGGUGGCAAGCCUCCUCCGCCGCCUCUCGGCGGGAGACCAUGACGGUGCUGCUUAUGAGGCAAACGAUUUUGGGUCGGAAGUCGUUUCAGGAAUGGACCAAGGAAGUGGAGAGUAUUUCGUGAGAAUAGGCGUCGGAAGCCCACCGAAAAGUCAAUACAUGGUUAUUGAUUCCGGCAGUGAUAUUGUUUGGGUCCAGUGUCAGCCUUGUAACCAAUGUUAUAAACAAUCCGACCCGGUUUUUGACCCGGCUGAUUCCGCCUCUUACGCCGGCGUCUCUUGUAGCUCUUCCGUUUGUGACCGGGUUGAGAACUCGGGUUGCGGUUCACGUCAAUGUCGAUAUGAGGUUAUGUACGGUGAUGGGUCUUACACGAAAGGGACCCUGGCACUUGAAACACUCACAUUCGGUCGAACCGUGGUUCAAAAGGUGGCAAUCGGAUGUGGACACAUUAACAAGGGUAUGUUCACUGGGGCAGCCGGGUUGUUGGGCCUAGGAGGUGGAUCCAUGUCGCUGGUGGGUCAAUUGGGUGGUCAAACCGGGGGAGCAUUUAGUUACUGUUUAGUGAGUCGGGGCACCGAUGCGUCCGGAUCACUCGUAUUCGGGCGCGGAGCAAUGCCCGUGGGUGCCGCAUGGAUCCCUUUGAUACGAAACCCACGAGCUCCAAGCUUCUACUAUAUCGGGCUCUCAGGUCUCGGCGUAGGUGGCACUCGAGUUCCAAUAUCAGAAGAUAUCUUUCGACUCACCGAAUUAGGGUACGGAGGGGUUGUUAUGGACACCGGCACCGCGGUCACAAGGUUACCAAACAUGGCUUAUAAUGCCUUACGUGACGCAUUUGUCGCACAAACAACAAACUUACCUCGAAUCUCAGGUGUAUCUAUAUUCGAUACGUGCUAAAUAUCGGGUUUUGUAACGAUUCGGGUUCCGACAGUAUCGUUUUAUUUCUCGACCGGACCGAUCCUAACCCUACCAGCCAGUAACUUUCUCAUACCCGUGGAUGAUAUGGGAACUUUCUGUUUCGCAUUUUCUCCCUCGACUUCAGGACUUUAUAUAGGGAACAUCCAGCAAGAGGGGAUCCAAGUUUCCUUCGAUGGAGCCAAUGGAUUCGUUGGUUUUGGCCCCAACGUUUGCUAAUCCGACAAUGUAAAGAAACUGUGAAUUUUGAUACUCAUAGUUGCUCUUACUUAAAACUAUAUCUGAUGUAUUAAAAUGUCAUGUGUCACUUACCGCAGAACG